GGCGCCUCAAAGCUCACGAACCACUCAGCAACGUCGCCAAGAGGGGCUGGGUGGGAGUCACAGCGACUGUGCAUGGAACUCGAACAGCACAGCCUGAGGAAGGAUCGCAGGUCUAGGCGUGUUCAAAGCUCGUGUAAAAGCUGUGCGCCGCUGGAAUGGAGUGUCGCUCUCCCUUUUCCUCAAGCACUGCCAUUCCAACGAGAGAUCCGCGGCACGUCGAUCACUGCGUUGCAGCGAUAUGCCUCUUACUGAGACCGAGAGAGCCCUAUUAGGCCGACCCAGAGAUGAAGAUGUUGACCAUGACCACCAGAGAAUUGAUUAUGCACCUCGAGAGAAGAGCAAGAUCGGCAGAUUCACUCUUGUGGCCCUGAUACUGAAUCGGACAAUUGGAUCAGGCAUCUUCCUCUCUCCAAAUCGUGUUUUGCAGGGCACUGGCUGCGUUGGCGGCGCAUUGUGUAUGUGGGUUUUGGCGGCCGUGAUCUCGAUCUGUGGCCUCUACGUCUGGUUGGAAUGUGGACUGUCGAUGCCGCAGAGACUUGUUCGCGGAGAGAACAAGCCGAGAGGAGUGCCACGCUCAGGGGGCGAGAAGAACUAUCUUGAGUUCAUGUUCCCUAAUCAUGGUCUAAGGCUCCCACACGCGCGGACUACCUUUAUGUUCAGCGGAGUAUUCAUAUUGAUGUACAAUUUGAGCGCCAAUGCCAUUGCUUGCGCACUGCAAGCGUUGCGCGCCGCCGGAUACUAUCAAAAUCCCGAAGACGAUCCUGCUAGAGGAGUAGUGCUAGCCGUAGCCAUUGGAAUGCUCACUUUAGUUGUGGUCCUUCAUUCGUUCUCACGAAGUAUCGGCAUCUGGAUCAACAACUGCUUUGCCGCGAUCAAGAUAUCUCUUCUUCUGGCAAUCAUUUGUCUCGGAGUGGCUAAAGCAGCUGGAAAGUUCGGUGGACCUGGCGAGGUUGUCCGGAAUAACUUCACUCAUAAUGUCUGGAAUACUCAACGAACAGACGUACCCUCGUGGAGCAACGCCCUCGUGCUAUGCCUCUUCUCUUUCGGAGGAUACCGACAGCCGUUUUACGUUCUUGCAGAAGCCAAGAGCCCACGCAAGUACUUCCCGAAGUACACAAUAUCAGCAAUGGUGAUUGUCGCGUUCUUGUUUCUGCUAGUGAACAUCAGCUACCUUCUAGUGGUUGAUAAAGAACGGAUAUUAAACGACAACGAUAGCCUCGAUCUGGCGACACUGUUCUUCGACACCCUCUGGAGUGACAGUCAAGAAAAGGCUUCUCGCGCCAUGGCAGUCAUCACGGCCAUCUCGAUCUUUGGUAAUCUUUGGGUAAUGACAUACACUGCAAGCCGAGUGAAGCAAGAGAUUGCAAAAGAGGGUAUACUUCCAUACUCUCUAUUCUUCGCCACAUCCUACCGGACCCCGUAUGGCCUCUGGCAGCAAUGGCGGUCAAGAGAUCGAAUGCAGCCUGACGAGGUGGAACAAGCACCCACGGCGGCACUGGCUCUGCACUGGGGAACUUCUGUUCUGCAAAUUGCAGUUACGGCGGCAAUCGUCGAUCCCAAGAAGGCGUACGCCGCACUCGUUUCGCUGUACAUGUACACAAUUAUCCUCGGAUUCGCCUUUUGGGUGUCGCUCGGACUGCUCAUAACCAAGACUCGUGACAGGACAAAGUGGCGAGAGAGUCGUCGGUACCGUCCGUGGCUCUCGCCUAUCCAUGUCUUUGUGUAUGGAAUAUCAUCGGCCUUCAUGCUGAUCGUUGCCUUCGUGCCCGCGGCGAAAGGCUCGCCCUUCCACGACUCCGUCACUGGCAUACCUUGGUAUAUCAUCCCUACAAUUGGUGUGACGGCGCCGUUCUGGGGAGUUUUGUGGUAUUGGGGGUUCCUCUUCUACCAGGCCAAAAUCCGACGAGAGCAGCUGGUUGUCACACGGCAGCCGUACUGGGCAGCUGACCCCCAUUGUCCGGGCGAGUACGUUCAGUUGGCGGAGGUCAUCGACCAUACUUGGGAGAUUCCUGUUCGCCAAGGGGACUUGGAAAGCUCAUCGCAGGAAAGUGUGUCUGAACGUCAGACUAAAACCCGAGCCCAUGCUCGCGAGAUCUUGCUCCGUGAUAUUGAAGACUGA